CUUUUCAAUCAGUCCCAAUCCAUUCAUAACAAUGCAAAGUUUGAUACAACGUUAUCAAAGCAAUUUGAUGGAACGUCCAAUACGCACUUUUGCUAUUCAGUCUGGCAUUAUGCAACUGAUAGGGGAUGGUAUUACACAACAAGUUAUUGAAAAAAGAGGAAAAGAUCAUGAUCCUUGGCGAUCAGCUCGUAUGUUGACUUAUGGAGCUUGCAUUGGUGGACCUGUUGUUGGAACUUGGUUUGGUUUUGUUAAUAGAUUCAUUACGAUAAAGCAUUGGUUUGGAGCUGCUUUGGCAAGAACAGCUUUGGAUCAAAUCAUGUUCACUCCUGUUAUUCUUAGUUGUUUUAUGGGUGGUAUCUCUAUUUUGGAAAGAAGAAGUUUAAAUGAAAUUAAAGAAAAAUUUGAAACCAGUUACUUUAAAGGAUUGAUGAAUGCAUAUCGAUUCUGGCCUUUCGCAAACUUGUUUGUAUUCAGUAUGGUACCUUUAAUGUAUCGACCUCUUGUUAAUGGAACUUUUGCUAUUGGAUGGAAUUCUUAUUUGUCUUAUCUAAAUCAAAAUGCUCUUGAACAAUUACCAUCAUUAUCGGUUAAUGCGGACAUCAAAUUACCUCUAUACCAACAAACGACUGGAGAACAUACUACUACUACUACCUUGGAAACUUAGAUUCCCCCUUAUUCAAUAUUAUAGACUUUUUAUUAUAUACAUCAUAUAUAUAUAUAUUUCAUUUUACAAUAGAUUCACCCCCUUGUUUUAUAUAUUUAGUAUUAUUAUUAUUAGAGACAUUUUUGUUGAAAGUUUUCAAUACAACUAGCAUAUUCCUCAU